AUGAGACGAGUGAAAAAGUCCCGGAACGGAUGCGCUAGAUGCAAGAGCAAGAGGGUCAAAUGUGGCGAGGAAAAGCCGAAUUGCAAUCGAUGCACUCGCUUGGGGGUCCGAUGCCCAGGAUAUGCUCAAUCCCUUCGCUGGGUAACAAAAUAUGAGGAACGAAGCCCAGUGGCAUCACCAACCGCCCAAAUAGCGAGUCCUCGGCCCUCUGUCGCAAAGCCACACCCCUCGCCGCUGCUGGACGAGGCUCUAUCGGCUUCGGAAACCCCUGCUGACUUCAAUCAUGGUCAACCUGAAUCUCACCAUGAUAAAGCUCAGUCUGGGUUUGAAGAUCUCGAUGGCAAUAUCUGUGACAACCUAUGGGGACUACCAGACAGCCGAUCGCUUCCUGAAUUGCCCGAUCUUUGUCCUCUCUCGCCUAGAACCCAGCCACGGGAUCCGGCUUACGAUUUAACAUCCUCGGGGGAUACAGCAGCAGAGCUGGCAAGUAUUCUAUCGCUAAUAGAGCCCCCUUAUACGCAUGAAGACCAUCCUAAUAGCGUAUAUCCGGACUUCGCGCCGUCCACAAUUGUGCGCAGCUAUCCGCCAAUGGCUCGACAGCCUCACCAGCGCGACUUCAUGUCAAUAUCCCGCCCACUCAACAACCCAUCAUGGACUUUGAUCGAAUACUAUUUCAAGGAGGUAGCCGCAUUGUUCUCCAGCUAUGAUAGCCAGAUGAACCCUUUUCGCACAACGGUUUCCCGGCUCUGGGGCUCGUCACUGGCCAUGUGUCGAACAAUGCAAAGCAUGGCAGCUGCAACUCUUGUGAAUGAUUUUCCGCAGUUCGGCCCUAUUGGGCGAAAGAUGCGCGAUGAGGCUGUCGAAAUUAUUACCCGAGAAGCGGUAAUGGACGACAAGUCUCUCCUAGCAUUGUUAAUGCUCGGCCAGACGGCCAGCUGGCAUGACCCAAAAGACCUUGGCAUUUCUUUCUUCAACAUCCUGCGGAAAGAGGUCCGAUCGAUAGGGUCCAAGUCAAGCUCUUCCGGUCAUGGUCUUACACAGAGCGGCAGCAACAAUUAUCGAUUUUUCGAGGAAGCUCUCAUAUACUGGGAGAUGCUCCUGUCCUUUGUGGCGGACAGCGACUCGAUGAUGUUCUCAGAAGAUUUCCGGCACUCGUCCACCGAGGGAUCGUUUCUCUUACAACGGGUGCCGCACCCAUGGACGGGUAUCGCAAGAGACACUCAAUUCACAGUCCACGAAGUUGGACGACUCGUUCGGAGAGAGCGCAAACGCAUACGAUCUCGAAAUUUCACCUCACAGAGUGAUCUCAAGCUAGCACAGGCUGCCAUUGAAAAAGCACAGGAACUGGAAGAGCGCUUACUCAAUCUUGCCCAUCCAACGGAGGCUGAAAUUGUUAGCCCUGGCGAUGACGAGACGCCGGUGUGGCAUCUUCUGACUAUGGCAGAGGUCUAUCGCUGCACCGGCUUGAUGCAGCUGUACCGCGUUUUCCCAGAUUUACUACGCAAUCGGCUCCGCGAUCCAGCCGGAGCCUCUAAUAGCAGUGACCCAUUCUUUCCAGUUGACUUAGACAGCAUGAAUCUCUCUGGGGGAUUCUCCGAUGCAGGGCAUGAGACGCCUCGUAAUGGCUCCCAGUCUAUCUCAUCUCCUCAUAUCAACAUUUUCCCGUCCAUGCCGCCCGACAAUAAUAUUAACUCUUUCAAUGCAUCUGAAACCUCCGCGGAUACUCUCCAAUUCUCUUGGUUGCUGCAUGCAGCGAGCUACGUUUGCCGCGUUUACCGCAUAAUAAUCAAAGCGCUGGGAAUGACGACCCUCAAGCCACUCGGCCCCCCCGACUUGCAAGUUCCCCAGCCAACAGGUCGGUCAUUCCAAGGGAACACUAAGAGUUCAGCAGAGGAAAGCUCCAGAUCUAGUACAGAACUCCCUGGCAUUUCAAUGGAGGCUAUCGAAGUUUCACAAACUCGCAAAUUCAUCCUUGGUCGUCUAUCAUCUUUCCUCCACGUGUUGCCACCAAAGCCGAUCAAUGUUUGUAUACGUCUGGUGAAAGAAGUGUGGCGACGGAUGGACGCGGGGGAGACAGACACGUAUUGGAUUGAUGUCAUGAUCGAGAAGAAAUGGGAGACGACUAUGGGAUAG